AGGCUUACAGGGCACACCGGAGGCCUAAAGUGAACGGUACGCGCCAUGCUAGCAGCGGACGCCCGUCAGAACCAUGUGGGCGUGGGGACCCGACUGGCAGGAGGGAAUGGGGUCUCUUCACGUGGUGACCGGAGGCGUCGAAAUGUCCGGAGCUUCGGAUCUCUCGGGCAAGCUGACAGUCGGCCGCAUCCUGAGUCGAGCCAAGGAAGAUCUCAGCAUCAGCGGUUACUAUAAUCUGACGGUGUUUACGACUACUGAAAAUGUCUCCGACUCGACAUUCCUGACACUCGGAGUUGAGGACGUGGUGGCAGGAGCUAAGUCCCUGACGAUACAAGAUACCGAAGGUCACACGCUUUUCGAGACAAGUUCUGAGGGUACAGCUGUAGGUGCCGACACGCUGACUGUUACAGGCAAAGACGGGGCCACAUUCAGCGGCUCGGUGGAAACCCCUCUCCUCUUUGCCGAGAACAUCCAUGAACUUCGCGUGGAGAGCGUGACGAGGGACAUCCGUGCAGAGGCGGCGCAGGAGGCGCGUGUGGAAGCGAGAGACGGGGACAUCUCGACGACAUCCCUUCGUGACAUCUCUCUCGUGGCGCGCCAGGGACUCAUUCACUUCGAUAACCCUUUCAUUUCGAUGCCGAGGCUCCCUGUGCACGGGGACGAGGCUUUCCUGAAGGAGGGGCUGCAGGAGGAGGAGGAGGAAGAGGAGGAGGAGAAGGUGGAAAAGGGAGGAGAUGGGACGACUUCUGUGCCGAGGAUGACGACUAUGACGCCGACUG